CUAUUUUUAACAUCAAGUCAUAAUACUGAAUUAAUUUCAGUUACACAUGAAUUAAGUACACCAACAAGGAUGAACUUGCUUCAGGUUGAUGAUCAGGAAAAGUUUCAAGAACGUGUAGAAAAAAAGAUUUGCUUUAAUAAAACAAUGAGUCUUGCAAAACAAGCGAUUGCACUACAAG